ACCCCUGAACACUGUGUUACACUGUCCCUUAGCAGUGACAGAGGCUCCGGGGAGGCCAUGUAAUCCUGGUCCUCAGAGAGCGUGUAGUCCAGUGGAAGGGACCAGAUGCUGGAAACAGAUCAUUGUAAUUCGUGCAGUUUUAAAAAUACCCAUUCAGCUGUCCUCUGCCUGUCUGUUGAGGACACCGAAAGCUUCCUCUCUCACCUGGUUCCUUCUCCUUUUAGCCACUUCACACCGUCGCCCGCCAGCCAGGCACCGCAACUCCGUACCUCGCCACGACCUCACACACGUUCUGUCCUAAAUCCUACCCACUACCGUCUCGUCCUGACCUUCUUCUGAUGUCUGGAGUCAGCCCGGUGUCCGAGUGCCAUCACUAGCCUGAGACUCUGCCGUGUUAUACUGCCAUGGACAGCAACCAUCAAAGUAAUUACAAACUGAAUAAAACUGAGAAGAAGUUCUUAAGGAAACAGAUUAAAGCCAGGCAUACUUUGCUGAGACAUGAAGGCAUUGAGACAGUAUUGUAUGCCACCCAGAGCCUGGUUGUGGCCAAUGGUGGAUUGGGUAAUGGUGUGAGUAGGAACCAGCUGCUCCCAGUGUUAGAGACGUGUGGACCAGUAGAUGCUCUCUUAAUGCCUCCUAACAAGCCCUACUCAUUUGUGAGCUACAAAACUGCAGAAGAAUCCAAGAAAGCCUAUGUCACCCUCAACGGAAAAGAAAUAGUGGAUGAUUUAGGACAAAAGAUCAUUCUGUACUUCAAUUUUGUGGAAAAAGCACAAUGGAAAGAGUUGGGGCUUCAGGCCUUACCUCCAGGCCUCAUGGUAGUAGAAGAAAUUAUUUCUUCUGAGGAUGAGAAAAUGCUUUUGGAAAGUAUUAACUGGACAGAAGAUACAGGCAAUCAAAAUGUUCAAAAAUCUUUAAAGCACAGAAGAGUAAAGCACUUUGGUUAUGAAUUCCACUAUGAAAACAACAAUGUGGAUAGAGGCAAGCCAUUACCUGGGGGUCUUCCUGACAUUUGUGAUGGCAUUUUGGAGAAAUGGUUGAAAGAAGGUUACAUUAAACACAAACCCGAUCAGUUGACUGUAAACCAGUAUGAACCUGGACAUGGAAUUCCUGCUCAUAUUGACACACAUUCUGCUUUUGAGGAUGAGAUUAUUUCUCUCAGUCUGGGGUCAGAGGUUGUCAUGGACUUUAAGCACCCAGACGGCAUCACGGUGCCCGUUAUGUUGCCUCGUCGGAGUUUGCUGGUGAUGACCGGAGAAUCUAGAUACCUCUGGACACAUGGAAUCACACCCAGAAAAUUUGAUACUGUUCAAGCAUCCAAGGGUCACAAAAGUGGAAUUAUCACCAGUGAUGUUGGAGACUUAACUUUAAGCAAGAGGGGAAUAAGGACAUCAUUUACAUUUAGGAAAGUGAGGCAAACACCUUGUAAUUGUAGUUACCCUUUGGUCUGUGACAGCCAGAUGAAGGCGACCCCCCCAUCAUUUCCAGAGAGCGAAAGAGAAGCCUCACAACUGGAGCAAGAGUAUGUCCACCGAGUCUAUGAGGAGAUUGCUGGGCACUUCAGCAGCACAAGACAUACCCCUUGGCCACAUGUGGUGGAGUUUUUGAAAGCUUUGCCCCGUGGUUCAUUAGUGGCUGAUGUUGGCUGUGGAAACGGAAAGUAUCUUGGCAUCAAUAAGGAGUUAUAUAUGAUCGGUUGUGAUCGGAGCCAGAGCCUCGUGGACAUCUGUCGGGAGCGGCACUUCCAGGCCUUCGUCUGCGACGCGCUGGCUGUGCCCCUCCGCGGCGGGGCCUGUGAUGCCUGCGUCUCCGUUGCUGUUAUUCACCAUUUUGCAACAGCGGAGCGCAGAGUAGCCGCUCUCCAAGAACUCGUUCGACUCCUGAGACCUGGCGGGAAGGCACUCGUUUAUGUCUGGGCAAUGGAACAAGAAUAUAAUAAGAAGAAAUCCAAGUAUCUUAGAGAAAACAGAAUGAGCCAGGGGAAGGAGGAGGAGGUCAGCAGCGAUACGCCAGGCCCAGAGUUGCUUGUGGAGCAAGUGCCUGACACAGGCCAUAAGGAGCCAGCAUGUCGAAUGCCCUCCAUCAGUGACUUCCAGGAGGGAGGGCAGAAUUCAAGGGAAGUUACUAAUUCCAAGCUCCCCAUUCACACUAAUAGGACUUCUUUUCAUUCUCAAGACGUACUGGUUCCCUGGCACCUUAAGGGCAACCCUGGGAAAGACAAACCUGCUGAGCCGUUUGGUCCGGGAGGAUCCCAUGACCCAAGUCCUGUGUUUCAUCGUUUCUACCACGUGUUCCGUGAGGGGGAGCUGGAAGCCGCCUGCCAGACUCUGAGUGACGUCCGCGUCCUGCGAAGCUACUACGAUCAGGGGAACUGGUGUGUGAUUCUUGAGAAGGUCUGACGUCUCUGAACAUACACACCGGAAAGAAAGGCUCAGCUUUAUUUUUUAAAGGACUCUAAAUUUACUGUCCUCUU